AUGGCGAGUGGUGGUGUGGUGAUGAUAUGCCUCCUGUUCUCCUUCUUGUUAGUAGGUGGAGUGCUGUCAUCCGGCAAAACUGCUUAUGAUGAAGAGCUACAAGGGAAGAAGGGUGGUGGUGGUGGUGGUGGUGGUGGUGAUGGUAGUGGACAUGGACAAUAUGAACAUGAAGAUGAUGAUGAGGAUGUACCGGCAGAGGACGUGGAUCUACUGGAGUUCCCACUGAAUUUGGAGUUCCUGGAGGCAGAGUUCUUCUCGUGGGGAGCAUUGGGACGUGGACUGGAUGACCUGGCUCCCGAUGCCACCAUGGGAGGCCCCUCCCCCCUCGGCCCUAGGAUUGCUAAUCUUGACCCUUUCACCAGGGACAUCAUUACCCAAUUUGCCUAUCAAGAAGUUGGCCACUUAAAGGCCAUUCAGAGUAUAGUAAAAGGGUUUCCAAGGCCUCUUUUAGAUUUGAGUAUAAAAUCGUUCGCAACUGUGAUAAAUAGUGCCUUCGGACGAUCCGUGGAGCCACCCUUCAACCCUUACGCCAAUACUCUUAGUUACCUCAUUGCGUCCUAUGCAAUUCCCUAUGUGGGGCUCACUGGGUAUGUUGGGGCAAGUCCGAAACUUCAAGGAGCAACAUCCAAGAGGCUCGUUGCAGGCCUUUUAGGUGUUGAAUCCGGUCAAGAUGCCGUCAUUCGAGCACUUCUCUACCAACAUGCACUACAAAGGGUCUAUCCUUAUGGAAUCACAGUAGCAGAAUUCACUAAUCGAAUUUCUAAGCUAAGGGACCAUUUAGGGGAUGAUGGUGUGAAAGACGAAGGACUCAUAGUCCCAGAAGAAGAAGGAGCAAAGGGGAAAAUUACGGGUAAUGUCUUAGCAGGAAAUGACUACUCAAUUUCAUAUGCUAGAACUCCAUAA